UCCUCCGGACUCAGUCUUCCGCGCGCCUUCUCACACGUUGCACUGACACACGGACCCUCAGUGUUUGUGUUUACACACUCGAAAACAUUACUUUUAUGUAUUUUGCGGACUUUUAUUAAAGCUUCCCAAAGUUUUGGUUUCAUAAAUCGUGGUUGGUUUUUGUAGUUUUUCUUGACAUUCCAUUAAGGUUAACUAACUUCGCAUUUGGUUGGACAUCCACAAUUUUACCCCUAGUUUGUUUAUAGCUUCCACAAGUUUUUGAAAUUGUUUUGCUUUUCUGGACUUUACGAUGAUUUCAGUUUCGUCACGAGAGUUAUUUUUUGUCACGAGUCGUGAGUUUUGUGUCUAGUGUUCUGGGAGUGAACAGACUGGGGAUGAAUCGUUACUACGAGGCUUACCCUCGGCGCUCGGGAAUGUUGACUCUGCCUCCUCCACCCCUCGUGGACCCCGGGGCCACUUGGGCAUCCUACAGUUCGGAACCGGUCAGAGGCGUGGAGCGCAUCAAACCCGAGAGAAGCCGCCACGGAGUAAACGUGCAGAAGCUGCAAUGGAGGAACUCCCAGUGGGUGGAUGGGUUCCCCGAGAUGGUCAGUUCGAUGACGAUCGCUGACGUGAGCCCGAGGUUCGCGGUGAAGAGGAUUCUGCUACUCUACGAGAACGCACAGUACAGAGAGGCAGCUAAUUUUAUAAAUCGCCUGAGUCAUGCUACUUUUAAGGCGAUCCUGAGCCAGUUGCCGAUAGACGUGUUCGUGGAGGCGAUGCCGCACAGUGUCAGCAUCCUUGAGGCCCUCUACGCCAAAGUCUUCUUGAGCUCCGACUGUGGAGUUAAACUCCUCCGCCCUGAGGCGGUAUUGAUGCAGCUAGUUAAACUGUUCACUGGCAACAACAGUGCGGAUCGGUGGCUAGGCAGCACUAGGAAAUUGUUAAAGGUAAUAGUGCUCUCUGAGCCAAAACUGAGAAAAGGUCUUCAGCUCCGGAGGAGAUCCUUGGACAAGGCGGUGGAAGGAUUGGGUCAGCACGGACUGGUAGGCACUAGUGACGAGACCUUGACAAAUCUCCACGACGCUCUCAAAGUGGAGUUCCAAAGACUAGUGGACACGUACAAAACCGCUCUCCAAAAGUUGGAGGAACUCAGCCUCUCGGGAAGGAGGGACCAUGGUGUGUCCAAGGGACCGGCUCCGGUACAAGCGUCCCACCAGAGACAAUUGUCCCUGCGUCAGGCGGACAUCCAGGAGCGACUCAUCAAGAAUAAGACCUUGUUGAACGUGGUGGAGCCAGCCAUCGGCAACCGCUCUCUAGCUAUUCUGUUGACUAUUCUGCAGAGACGGGUCGAAUGCGACAAGGAUGCUCUUUUCCAGUUCACUCAACUCAGGAAGGAACUCUGCGUUGAUUCCGAAACUGUGGUAGCUCCUCUCCUCAUGAGAUACUCUAAUGCCUGUGAUCAAGUGAGUAUUGCACUGACAUGAAUAUUACGUAGUCUGUAUCUCUGAAUUCGUUUACAUUUUGUCUCUUCUAACAGGUCAUCAUUUUCAAAUCUGAUAGUUCACUUUGGGGCUCUCUUCUCCUGGUUCUUCAGAGUAAAACAAAUAAGGGUUCAACGUGAUAGUCACACAACACAAGUGCUAAGGAAGUAGUGUGGGAUCAGAUAGUC